AUGAAACCAUCUAAACUGCAAGAUCAUCUGAGAAGAUGCCACCCUGAUAAAACAGAGAAAGAUUUGAAAUACUUUCAAACACUCAAAGAUAAAUUUCAGAAGAGACCUACACUGGACAGAAUGUUCGCUUCGACGUCACAAAGAAAUGAUGAUGGUUUGCGGGCGUCUUACAAUAUCUCGUUACUUAUAGCAAAAUCCGGAAAACCGCAUACUAUCGGAAAGAAGUUAAUUUUGCCAGCCGUUGAAGAGGUUUUAAAAACUGUUUUACACAAACCUGCAUCUGAUAUCAUUAAAAGAAUUCCCUUAAGCAACAAUACUGUUGAAAGACGUAUUGAUGAAAUGAGUUCUGAUAUUGAAAGCUUCUUAUGUAAUCAUUUGCAAACGACCCAUUUCUCUAUACAACUGGACGAGUCAACUUUACCUGAUCAUGCAGCAUUAUUAUUGGCAUAUGUUCGUUUUAUUAUGAAUCAAGAAAUCUACGAAGAACUGCUCUUCGCAAGAACUUUGAUAACCGACACUAAAGGUGAAUCAAUAUUUCAAGUUUUGAAGGAUUACAUCAUUGAAAAAGCAAUUCCUUUAUCAAAUAUAAUAUCAGUAGCUACAGAUGGAGCACCUGCCAUGGUUGGACAUUAUCGUGGAUUUAUAAGCUAUUUCAUAUUUCCUAUGGUGACAUAG